CAUUAUCAGCAAACUGAUCGGGAGGGGGGGGGAGGUUAGCACACUGAUCUCCCAGCCUCAAAGCGGAUAGAAAAGGGUUUCAGCAGUUUCCUCCUUCAGCUGUGAUCUGUCUGCUAAGGUGCUAGUUCUGGCAAUGGGUGUAGGUCAGUUAUAGGGAGGAGUGCAAUCACGGUUCAUACUAUUAUCGCGCCAGGCAGGGCUGGGACGGUGCCGGGAAGGCUCCGAUCAAGUGCCCUGAAGACAAAACAUUACUUCAGCAAAACUUUUUUGGACAUUCCAGUGUGACACAGAUUCGCUCUUUUUGCUUGAAACUCAAAGAGUUAGACUUGGCGGGCUUGUUUGGUGUCCGAUUCGGUUUGGCAGAAUUAUUGACUUUUUUUUCUUGGCACGGUUUCCCGCGUGUUUGUUGUCUUGACUCUACGUGCAAAGGGGAAGAAAUUAAUCGCAUUCCCAAGAUGCCCUUGGGACAUAUAAUGAGGUUAGAUCUAGAAAAAAUCGCCCUGGACUAUAUUGUACCUUGUUUGCAUGACAUCGGCUUUUGCUACCUGGACAAUUUUUUGGGCGAGUUAGUAGGAGAUUGUAUCCUGGAACGUGUGAAACAGAUGCACUUUAAUGGGGAGCUGCAAGAUGGUCAGCUGGCCGGCCAGCGCAAUGGCAUCUCCAAGAGACACUUGAGGGGGGAUCAGAUAAAGUGGAUUGCGGGCACCGAAGAGGGAUGUGAGGCCAUCAACUUUCUUUUGUCGCUGAUAGACAGGCUGGUGAUGUUCUGUGGAAGUAGACUGGGCAAAUACUAUGUCAAAGAAAGGUCCAAGUACAUCCUUUAUCACUCAAGAGGUAAAGAAUAUCCUAUAGAUGUAUCAAUGAUUAAAGCAAUGAUAGCCUGCUACCCUGGGAACGGAACUGGCUAUGUGCGUCACGUAGACAACCCCAAUGGUGAUGGACGCUGUAUCACCUGCAUUUAUUACCUGAACAAGAACUGGGACUCAAAGCUGCAUGGCGGAAUUCUACGAAUAUUCCCAGAAGGAAAGUCCUAUGUAGCAGAUGUGGAACCCAUAUUUGACAGAUUACUUUUUUUCUGGUCAGAUCGAAGAAAUCCACAUGAAGUGCAGCCUUCCUAUGCAACAAGAUAUGCAAUGACUGUGUGGUAUUUUGAUGCUGAAGAAAGAGCAGAAGCCAAAAAGAAAUUCAGGAAUUUAGUUGAUGCAGGGAAGACAGAAGCUGUUCUAAAUGAAGACUGAGUAUUGGUUUACUUGAUGCAAUUAUUUUUGUAGUGAUAAUUUUGAGACUGUUUGCAAGCAAUAAGAUCCAAAGGCAACAUGAUCUGUUUUCCAGUGAUUCUUGGACAUUCUUCUUACUUGCAGAAAUGCACUUUUUUUGGCACUCUCUUAGUAUUUGCAUAUUACAGCAAUGGUACUCAUGGUGGCUUUAUUAUCACGGCUCUUUGGCAUAAAGCACCCAUUUUCUGUUUGCCUUUAAUUGAAGAAUUACGACCCACGGUUUUAGACAGUGAAGAAUAUCAUCAAGCUUCCCACUUAUCUCAAGGCCAAGUUUGGCAAUACUGGUAAUAAAAAUACUAAGCACUCGAAAGAGUUGGGGAAUCCUGAGUCUUAUUUGCACUUUAUUUACAAGGGUCUAGUUCCAUGUCCUUUACAGAAGAUGCCCUGUGGCCGACUGCAGCUUGGCAACCCAAGCAAUCAGAGAUGCAAAAUGGAAUGGGCCAUGUGUCAAGAGCUGAGGUGGUUAUGUUCAGCGUGGGGCCUUUGAUGGGCUGCCUCAUCACUUUGCUGCACAGACAAUUGGCUUCACUGACCUCUACAUUAAUUUCUGAAAAAAGGGAGAAGCCGCCGACUCUGCCCGUAUUGCUAAAGCCAAGCAGCAGCAGUUCCAUCGUUUUGCUUUUUAGAGCCUCUGAACAGAGAUGGAGGCAGUCUUGCAGCUGUCCACAGUUUUGUGGGAAACAUUUUCUUUCCGGAGUGUGGUGGAUCUGUGUAUGGUUUGGUGUUUUGUUUGUUUUUAAUUUUAAAAGACCAACAACUUUGUUUUUCAAAGCAUCCAACCCCAUCAAUUCCUGCUCACAUUUUUAGACUUGGUUGGCAGGAAAGGUGAGGAAAUGAAAUGCUCGUAUGCCAAGGAUUCAUCUAGUCAAGCUUUACUUUUAUUUUAUUUUUUUCCACUAAUCUUCCACCAGCCAUACUUUGUUGGACAGAAAGGAAUUCUGGUUGCUCAGAUGUAUAUGUGUUAAAGUGGUCAAAUGUAUGAUAGAUCAUUGUGGCCUACUAAGAGACAUAAGUUGCAACUCUGAAUCUGUUCAAAUUUGUGAUUCACUCUACAGUCAUGAAUGGGAAUAAUUUACAUGGGUAUAAGUCCUAUUGAACCCAGUGACACUUAUUUCCAAGGAGAUAUAUACAGGCUUUUACUGUAAAUUUCUGAAGUGAUAGGAACGGGGCUAUCAUUGUAUACCUGAAUCUCAGUCCUAACAUCUGUUUGUGCAUCCCUGAGAAAGUGUGUUCAGUACUAGACAAACAAAAGAGCCUUAAAGAUAAUAGAUUUAUUUUAGUAUGCAUUUACAUGGUUUAUAAUCCACUUCUUCACAUGCACAAAACACAGUAGUCAAGCCACAGUUUUCUUUCCUCAAGGGUUAUGUUUAGACCUUUGGUCUAGAUGGGUGGGAUAGAAAUCUAAUAAAAUAAAAUAUGUUUACGAGGGUAAAAUCCGAUCAGGACGGUUUAUCUUAAAAGUGCCACAAGACUGUCAUUCUUUUUUUGCUAUACUGACACAGACAAACAAGAUGAUAUAUUUGGAAGUUAUGCAGAGUAUUGAAGAUGUACAAUUCAAUUGUGAGAUUUGCUGCCCCUGCAAAAUGUCAAACUGGAAGUACCUAUUUUACUUAAAUAAUUAUUAUAAAGCGUGGCCUUGUAGUCCCACCAUGAAAAUGAUUCAUAGUCUGCAAUGGAAGUCCCACUGGGAUAUGUUUCUUCAUAUAGUUUUAUGUUGAUGUAGAUGUAACUGACUGAGGGGCAGGAUAGAACCAUACCUUUUUAAAAGUUACUAUAGUUACCAGAAUGCACCAGCCAGCAUGGAACUGUAGUCCAAAAAAUGAUUUUCUCAAAUAUGGAAGGGAAAUUGCUGUACCCUAAGUGUGACAUUACACAUUAAGUAUUUCCUUUCUACAUUGAGCUAUGAGUUGUGCAGAGGAAGAAUUUGAAAAAGUAAAGGAGCAUAUAAAUAAAAGUAGAUAGGUAAAUAAAUAAAUAAAUAAGCACACAUCCUGGUUUUAAUUUUUUUUAAAAAAAGAAUUAGUAAUUUUUAUCAUGUUAGUAAUAGAAAUUUGAUCAUGGGUCAUGUGUAGAAUGGGAGAUACAGUGGUUAUUAUUUUCAGCAAAAUGUAUAAUGCAAAUAUCCUGUCAGGAUAAAUUCAUUCUGUUUAUUGGUA